AUGCAGUUGUCUCUCGGCCUCCUAACUGCCGCUGCAGCCGGCAGCCUCGCCUCGCCACAUCUCGCACGCGCCAACACAACUACGUGCAAGUGUUACGCUGACCAGUCCUGCUGGCCGACCGACUCCCGGUGGAAGGCUCUUAACCAGGCUGUGCAAGGUCGUUUGGUCAACUUUGUGCCGCCUGCCGCCGCAUGCUAUCCAACGUACGGCAACGCAACAACGGCCAACGCGGAUGCGUGUACGGCCAUCCAGGCGAACUGGACUAACGCCAACUGGAUCGUCGACCAAUCCGCCCAGACAUUCUCUAACUUCUGGAAUAAUAACUCGUGCUCUGCCGCCGCCGACAAGUGCGGCGACAAAUGCGCCCAGGGCCUAUCGCCGUCCAUGAUUGUUACUGCCAACAACCAAUUCGACGUGCAGGUCAGCGUCAACUUUGCACGAAUCCAAAACCUGCGCCUCGUCAUCCGCAACACCGGCCACGAUUACCUGGGUCGCUCAGCCGGCUUCGGUUCCCUGGCCCUCAACACUCACCGCCUCAACAAUAUUCAAUUUGUAAAGUCCUACACAGGGCCCGGCAACUACACUGGCGGUGCAGUCAAGGUGGGCGCGGGCGUGCUGUUCCGCGACCUCUACCCUGCGGCCAAGGCAGAGGGAGUCGACGUUGUCGGUGCUGAGUCAAUGACGGUUGGCAUCUCUGGUGGCUAUGUUCAAGGAGGCGGCCACAGUCCUUUGAGUGGACUCUAUGGCAUGGCCUCGGACAAUGUGCUUGCCUUCGAUGCCAUCCUAGCUUCGGGAAAGCAGGUGCAGAUCAACAGCGAGAGCAACUCUGACCUGUUUUGGGCUCUGAAAGGCGGCGGUCCUGGCACCUUCGCAGCCAUCACGGGCGUCACUGUCAAGACGCACCCGGUCAUCGCCUGCACUGGCGCCACACUUAGCAUUGCUUACAACCAGCCUAGCUUUUGGAAGGCCGUAGCCGCCUUUCACAAUCAGACAACUGCCUUAGUUGAUGCUGGCAUAUAUGCGGCAUACACAGUAACGAAGGCAGGCGGUCUUACCGUUCGGCCGUUUGUUGCGCCCAAUAUCACCAUUGACCAGUUCAGUACGAUGGUGGAGCCACUGGUUUCACAGCUGGCCACGCUCAAUGUCACCUACACCUUGAGCAAGGUGGUGUCAUACCCUACCUUUGACGACCUGUACCACGCGCUAUUUUCGGCCGAUGCAGACGCCGGCGGCGGCAACACGCUCCUGAGCGGAAGGCUGUUUAGCAAGGAUGACGUGACUAAGAAUGGCGCUGCUAUCAACAGUGCCAUCGGUGACUUGGUUAACGCGGGCCACACAUUUGUUGGCGUCGCCGUGAACCCGGGCCACGCUGUCCCUGAUCCAGACUCAUCCGUUAGUGCCGUACAUCCCGUGUGGCGUAACGCCGCCACCUCGACCUUUUGGAAGUUUGAGCCGCCCGCGUGCCUCAGUGAGGCCGGCCGCCUAGGAGCUCUACAAAACCUGACCCGGCUGGGCGACGCACUGCGCAAAGCAUCCCCCGGCAGUGCGGUGUAUGCCAACGAAGGCAACGCCAAUGAGCCCAACUGGCAGGAGACCUUCUGGGGAGCCAACUACAAGAAGCUGUAUGACAUCAAGAUCAAGUACGACCCUAGCGGUGUCUUCUGGGCACCGGCGACACCUGGUGCGGAGCUGUGGGCACUGGUCGAUGAGAAGCAGCUUUGCAAGUCAGCCUAG